AUGGACGACGAAGAAACCACUACUGUCGCGGGGAGUGGAGAGCUGUCUGGCGAGCAUGGGCAGGACACCGAAGCUGACGCUCCGGAGACCAGCUCGCAGGCACCUCCAGCCCAAAGUGUGACUUACGACUAUGUAAAGUUUCGUGCCUCCCUGCGGAGAAGACUGACCAACCUGCUGAAGGUAUUGAACACGGAGUAUGGGAAGUCGUCGCCGAGUGCGAGGUACCUCAAAAAGUACCUGGCUGACGCCGAAGGAAUAGUAAAACAAAUCGAAGAAGUGGUCGAGGACCACAGGAAUCAAUUGCGAGACGAUGCAGAUUUUGAAGGAUUGGAGAAGUUGGAAAAGUGGUUUGAGAAGUUGAACGAGGAUUGUUCUCCGCUGGCAGAAGUUAGUUCGCUCCUUGAGUCAGGAGUUUUGGAGUCAGCCAGUCAGCCCAGUGGCGAUGGUGACUUGUCAGCGCAGCCUCUAGAGGAAGAGCUAGAGGGCGAAGAUUUUGCCCACAGCGCGCCACGUAGUGCUGAUGACGGAGGAACGGAGUUUUCUGGAGACCCUGGUGUCAGUUCCAGCCUGAGAGCUUGUAGUGAUGAUGAUGCAUCAGUAGUGACUAUGUAUAGUACUGGUAUGUAUCACAGUGGCGUCACUGACGGAUGCAGCACUGCUGUUCCCUGGCAAACGCCUGCUGCCGCUGCUGCUGAUCAAAGGGAUCAUGCCAUUCAUGGAGCUGCUCAAGAUGAUGGGACAGUGGGUGAUUACCCUGAUAGCAGGCUUAGGGCCAGAGGUGCACUAGCACUUAGAGGCAGUCCAGGAAUGCAAGGCAGGGGCAGCAGCGCUGAUACUAGCUCUGGAACUCGAUCCUCGUUGCAACCUCCAGGUCACGCUGUGCAUGCAGCUACAUUCACAACUGCUAGUGUUACUCAGAGUAGUGUGCUUGUGGGACAGCCUCAACAUCAUCAACACUCCGCUACUCAAGUGUCUAGUGCUGCCUACGUUGCUAGUGCAGGUAGUGGUACUGGUACACCUGGAGUCGCAGUGAACAGAGUUGUGAGUGGAGCACCCAGUCAAACUCAAGGGCAGGGUGGUGGAGCAUUCAGAGCGAGAGCAAUGCCUUCUGUACAGCAACGUCCUCACGCCAAGCCUGUUACUGCAUUUUCAUCUUCAGUUCUUCCACCACUACCCUCAGCUCACGCAGCUAUGACUGCAUUUCCAUCUCCAAGACGCAGUGUUGCACCAAGAGCUUACCGGCCUUCUGCACAGGCAGCCGCGCCUAGUGCUCACAGUCAAUAUCAGACUCAGUAUGCACAGCCUGCUGCUCCACACAUCAGUCCAUAUGGGCAUUCUUGGUUGAAGCCAAUAGAAGUGCCGAAGUUCAGUGGAAAAGGGCGCGAUUACAUCCAAUGGCGGCAGAGGUUCUUGCAAGUAGCCGACUCAUCUUUGCCUGAGGAGUACCAACUGGCUCGCCUUCGCGAGGCCGUUGCUGGCGGAGAAGCCGCUAUCCUCAUUGAAGACCUUCUGGACGGCCCCGGAGCAUAUGACGCCGCGUGGGCGGAGCUGGAGUCUUGGUUUGGUGGCACAGAUCGACACUUGGAGCAACAAAUCCGAGAUCUGCUCAACCAUCCCCGAGUCACUAACGAAAGGGACGUGGAGGGUCUGCAGCAGUAUGCGGUCAAGCUACGCAGCCUAAUCGCCAACAUGAAGCUGUGCGGCUCUGAACCGGGCCCUGAGCUGUGCAUCAUUGCUACCGAAAAGGUGCCGAGGACAACGCUCAUCAGGUAUUUUGAGAGGCACGGAGACGGUAACACCGACAUCAAGGUGUUUGCCACCUGGCUACUAGAAAAGGUGAAGACGGCAAAGUAUGCCAAUGACCGUACCGAGCAGCCAGACCGUCAACCCUCCCAUGGAAAAAGGCAUCAUGAAGCUGUUCAGCGCCCCGUGCAGCAACGGUCUUUCAUAGGCACUGAAGCUACGGCGCCAAAAAGGCCUCAAGAAGCUCCGAUCAAGACGUCUGGCCACUCAAAGACACAGCAGCAAGCACGACAGAGGUGCCGCAAGUGUAGUGGUCCGCAUCAGCUCGCUAACUGCAAUGAGUUCAAGGCACUCUCAACGUCGAGACGUAACGAGCUGGUUCGUCUACUGAAUUUGUGUCUCUGCUGCCUAAGAGAAGGUCACUGGGCGCGUGACUGCAAUGCUGCUUCCGGUUGCCCUCACUGCCGUGGCAAGCACCACUCGCUUCUGCACGAGUCAAAGCCAUCACUGCCCUCCAGUAAGGCAGCUGCGUCCACCAGUCCGGCUGCGAGUGAAAACACGGCGCAUGCAACAGCAGCUACAGACGACUCCAAUGCUGGGCUAACAUCCUUUAUGGUCACGCAGGCAGAAGUCAGAGGUGGUACAGCGAAGGCUACAGCCAACGUCCUCCUGGACUCAGGAUCCUCGUGCAGCUAUGUCUCAGAGCGUCUGGCUAGGCGUCUCCGUCUAGGGGGGAGCAGGAAGAAAGUGUCGGUCGGCGUUAUCGGUGGUGGCGCAAUUAACGACACUCUCCAAGUGGUGACGCUAGCGGUCCAGCAUGAUGGUGGUGACAAGGCUACGGAGCUUGAGGCAUAUGUCCUGCCCAGAGUAACGAUGGAUCUGCGAUUGGUGAACUGGAAGGAGAUUCAGGACAACUGGGCACAUCUUCGUGACGUAUCGUUCAAGACAGCAGGAGACAAUCACCUCGACUUGCUGAUUGGCUUGAACUCACCAGUGCUUCACCGUGCGGAUGAGGAACGUCAUGGAGGCGAUGGUGACCCUAUUGCUCGGAAGACUCCUCUCGGAUGGGUCUGUUUUGGGCCAGUACUAUGUCCAUCCACACCGACGCAUUCGACGUUCCAUGCGGUGACCACUGCUGGUACCAAUUUGGACCACCUGGUGAGUCGUUUCUGGGAUCUUGAAGCGGUUGGAAUGUUACCAAAGUCAGACCAGUACUUGACUCCGGACGAGCAGCAAGCGGUGACUUCAACUCAGCGAACCCUGAACUACAAGGACGGUCGGUUUGAAGUCGGAAUCCCCUGGAAGGACGGCGCCAAGCAGCCUGAUGUCACGAGCAACAAGGUGCUGGCUGAGAACCGACUCCGCGCACUCAUGCGAUCGCUGCAGCGACGGCCAGGUAUGCUGCCAAGGUAUGCGAAGGUCCUGGAAGACUACCUGCAGAAGUCCUACAUCCGGAAACUGACAACUGAGGAAGUUGAACAAUGCGGCUCAUCACAGUGUUAUCUGCCGCAUUUCGCUGUUAUACGGGAGGAUAAGGCAACGACUAAAGUCCGCGUUGUUUUUGAUGCUGCCGCCAGAGCAAAUAAUGUUGCUGUGAACGACUUGAUGUUGGCUGGACCGAAACUGCAGGCCGACCUCGUGAAGCUCCUGAUUCGCUUCUGCCUUGAGCCUAUCGCACUGAUGGGCGAUGUUUCGGAGAUGUUUCUCCAGGUGUCCCUUUCCCCAGAAGACCGAAGAUACCACCGGUUCCUAUGGCAGCCUGGCGAAACAGUUGAGACGUACGAAUUCAUGCGGCUGGUCUUCGGGAUCAAGGCGUCACCCUAUUUAGCUGGACGAGCCUUGCAAGCUACUGCCGAGCGCUUUGGAGACCAGUAUGAUCCUAUUGCCAGCGACAUUGUGCGGGACUCCUUCUAUGUCGAUGAUCUUCUCAAGUCGCUACGUGACGUACAGCAGGCGAUUCUUGCUCGAGUGGAGACUCAGGCCCUCUUGAAGCGUGGCGGGUUCACGCUACGUAAGUGGCUAAGCAACAGCCCAGAGGUCAUGGCGUCUAUUCCUGCUGAGGAGCGGGCCGCGGCAGAGUCCAGGUCAAUUGCAGAGAGCCCCUCGCAUCCUGAGGUGUCCCAGAAAGCCUUAGGUGUGAAGUGGAUGGUCAAGGGGGACUACUUCACGUUCCACUACAAGGGAUCAUCUCCGACAGUGUUCACGAAGCGGUCAGUCUUGAGCCGCAUGGCAACAUUGUUCGACCCAAGGGGUCAGCUGUCGCCAUUCACCAUAAGGGCCAAGAUAAUGUUCCAAGAGUUAUGUCUCUCUGGAAUCGGCUGGGACGACACGCUGCCAGAUGCUCAUCUUGCUUCAUGGAGCCGGUGGUUUAGUGAGUUCGACACUCUUUCUCACCUCAAGAUCCGUCGCUGUUUCAAGGGAGAUGAUUGGGUCAACGACAUCACCGUCCAUGUGUUCACGGACGCUUCCGCAUUGGCAUAUGCCGCAGCAGCUUAUGUGCGAGUGGCGGAGAGUGAUGGCGGAGCACGUGUCACGUUGAUCAUGGCAAAGGCGCGGCCGGCUCCCAUCAAGCGGCGAACGAUCCCUCAGCUUGAGCUGCAGGGUGCAGUACUCGGUGCACGCCUGGGUCAGUACGUCAGUGGAGCGGUUGGUGUUGGAACAGAUGACGUCAACUAUUGGACAGACUCGAUGAACGUCCUCUACUGGGUUCGCUCGCUCAGUAGAAAGUUUAAGGUUGACGUCGGCAACCGCAUUUCAGAAAUCCAGCGUCUUUCGCGUCCUGCGCAGUGGCAGCAUGUUCCCGGAAAGGAGAAUCCCGCUGAUCUUCCUACUCGUGGACUCUCUGCCCAGCAACUCGUGGAACGGGGAACGUGGUGGUCUGGGCCUCGAUUCCUCUCCUUCGGUGCUGACCAGUGGCCAAAGAAAAUGAUUGCCGUGCCCUCCGUCCUUCCAUGCAUGCAAGUAUCCAAGGUAGCUACUGCCAUGGUCAGCCUACAUGCAGUUGAGUGUCAUCCUGCUGAGACUCGACUGGACCCCGGGAACUACUCUGCGUGGCCUCAUCUCCUACGUGUAACAGCCUGGUGUCGCCGGUUUAUCCACUGCCUCAGGUCAGCCCGCGCUGGAGAACAAGCUUAUACCAGCACGGGGGAGGCCCCCGUGGUUGAAGUGGACUUGGGCAGCCAAUGUUCUUCUCUUAAUGUGCCGGAGCUUUCAGCAGCAGAGGUUGACAGUGCUGAGCAGUAUUGGGUGGCGCGAUCACAGAGAGACCAGUACCCAGACGUGUACCACACUCUGAUGAACGGCAAGGAACUACCAUCCUCAUCACCUCUUGUCAAGCUGCGGCCGUUCCUGGACAGCAGCGCUGAAGUCCCGGUGUUACGAGUUGGCGGGAGACUGAGGACGGCUCAUCAUCUGGCCAGUGAGUUUCGGUGUCCCUUGAUAUUACCUCAGAAGCACCGGGUGACGGAAUUGGUCAUUGCAGAAGAAGAUCGGCAAUGCUCACACUCGAUUGGUACCAACCACCUGCUAUCGAAGCUAGCUGACAAGUUCUGGAUCGUAAAGGGGAGACAGACGGUAAAGCGGUAUCGUCAGGCCUGUGUCGGCUGUAAACGUUUGUGGAACAAGCCGUACUCACCAGCGAUGGGUCCGCUACCCAAUUUCAGAACCGAAGGUCAGCUACUCGCCUUCUCACGUACAGCAGUCGACUUUGCUGGGCCGUUUUAUGUAAAACGUGGCCGCGGACGUGUCCAGGAAAAGCGGUAUGCAGCGAUCUUCACAUGCCUGCAAACCAGGGCUUGCCAUUUCGAGGUAGUGUACUCCUUAGACACGGACGGUUUUAAAAUGGCCCUGGUACGCUUCACCAAGCGCCGUGGAACCCCAACCAUGAUCCUCUCAGAUAAUGGGACGAAUUUCGUCGGGACAGAGCGGGAGUUGCGUGAAGCUGUACAAAGUCUUGGUACUGGUGAUGUCUCAGCAGCGUUGGCAGCCCAAGGGACACAGUGGGUUUUUAACCCCCCGAGGGCGCCUCACACUGGUGGUGUGUUUGAGCGGGUCGUUCGCUCAUUGAAACAAGUACUGCAGACAGUCUUGUAUAAAGCGGAUCUUACCGAUGAGGAACUGCAUACUGCUCUUGUUCAGGUGGAAGGGUUACUCAACUCUAGGCCACUAACUGCGGUUUCUACUGAUGCCGCGGACCCUCAGCCAUUGACGCCUCACCAUUUUCUGAUGGGACACGCUCGAGUCACGAGUCCACUGGAGGAACAGGCAGAGUUGGCUGAGCGAGCUCAUCCUCAUCGGCGUUUCGACAUCAUCCAGCAUUUACUGAAGGUAGUUUGGAGGCGCUGGAAGAGAGAGGUUGUCUCACGGUUGAACCUGACUACCAAGUGGCAACGUGCUCAGAGGUCAGCUCAGGUUGGAGAUGUUCUGCUAUGCCUCGACGACCAUCUUCCACGAGCAAAGUGGCCAUUGGGAAGAGUGGAAGCCGUCUACCCAGGCAAGGACGGAGCGACACGUGUGGUGGAUGUCAACAUCCGGGGAAAAGUCUACCGUCGGCAUGUUCGCUACCUUGUGCCUCUGGAAGUGGAGCCGUCGAGUGACCGAGUUAACAGCUUGGAGUCGGUCGUGAAGAUGCGUGACCUGUGA